AUGUCUGCUGUCGAUACUGCUGUGCCAAAUGGCCACUUUGAAGCCAAUGGCGCUGGUCCUGGUCCUGAAUUAAGUCAGGCACAGAAGCUCAUGCAAAAACACGACCAAGAUCAUCAGCCCACCAUUGAGGAGAUCCCUGAUGAAGAAGACUUGAAGCAUGAUGAACAACCUACCUCUACUAGUGUCCUCGAGGAUGUCAAUGGCGAUUCCACUGCUCCAGGAUGGGUUCCCCCUAUGUCUACAAAAGGUGCAGGAAAACAAAAGGAAGAUGUCCGCAAGGAAUCUUCAAUCAAUACACAGUCCCAUGAGUUAUUUCCAGCCCUCGGAGCCACUUCUCAAUCUAAGCAUCAAGCUCAAGGUAUUUGGGGCGGCGGGAAAGCACUAGCCACUGCCAAUGGAACCUCUACUAAUGGCAAAUCUCAAUCUUCUACCCCUAACUCGGGCGCCGCAACCCCAUUGUCCACUGUCAGUCGACCAAAGGUCACCCAACCGGGCCAACAACCCCAGGAGAGAAUCGAAUUGGCUCGAGAUCAAAUUCUCAAACGGGGAGAGUUGAAGAAACCCUUACCUGAAAUUCUAAGAGAGAUCAACAAGAAAUAUAGGUCUAACAUUUCUCAAUCAACUGGUAUGGAAGGGAAGAUGACCUUCACAGCUUAUGGCCCUCCCGCAGCUGCUCGUGCUGGUAUCAAAGCUUUGAUGGAACAGAUUGGCGCAAAGCAAGAAAUUCGUGUGUCCAUCCCUAGCAAAGCACGAGCCUUCAUCAUCGGAAAACAAGGUUCAAAGAUCAAGGAAUUGCAAGAAGCUACUGGUGCUAGAAUUCAAAUUCCCAAGGACGAUAAGCCCAGCCCUACCGACGAUAAUGAAGAUGCUACAGUCGAUGUCAAGGUCGAAGGUAAUGCUGUCGCGGUUGCAGAAGCUAGGAAGGCAAUUGAGAAAAUUGUGGGAGACAAAGUCGGUACGACUAAGACAAAGUUGCGUGGCAUCCCCUCGGAAUUUUACACCUUCCUUGCUGGUCCUCACAACGCCCAUGCCGAUUCCUUGAGGCAGACUCACAAUUUGUCCGAAUUGAACAUUCCGUCUGAUUGCACAUUGCCAACCACUCCCCGCGACACUGAAGGUCCACUUUUCAUUCCAGCAGCUGCUAACAACUGCAUCACUCUCAAUGGUGAACGUACUGCCGUCUUAGCAGCACGUGCGGAAAUUGAGCGUCGGGCCAAGCUGUUGCACGAAGAGCUGACUCGUCAACAAUUGCAAGGAAUAAACAAGGGUCGUCAUCAAUUUAUUCUUGGUGACCAAGGUAAUCCAGGACAAGAUUUUUUCGCCAAAACUGGAUGUGCCAUAUUUUUGCCGAGUGAAGCUGAUGAAGAUGAUACUAUCACAAUCGUUGGGCCUUCAGAGAAAAUCAAGGAUGCAGUGCGGGAAGCCAGAAAGCAAGCCAUGGCUACGCAGACUGUCAACAUUGACAUUCAUAAACAACUCAAAAAGUCACCGGGAAACACCAGUCAACAUGCACAGAAUAUCGCACGAUACUUACGCCAGCGAAGAGAAAUACAAAAACUCGAGAAGCUUCACGGUGCUCGUAUUUUCACCCCAACGCAAGCUGAUGUUACCUCACCAUGGGAGGUCUACUCUCGGGACCAGGAUAGUCUGUUCGAUGUGCAGGAGCAGCUGAUUGGCAUGAUUGAUGCUCACCCUCUCUCACGUAUGACAAACAUAUCAGUGGAUAACUUCUAUCAUCAGCACCUUCGAAACGACAUUUCUCCAAGAGUCAAGAAAGAUUAUGGCGUUCAUGUGGUACUGCCAGAUGGUCCUGACGGUGAUGUACUCCUUGUUUUUGAAGGACUUGCCGGUAGAGAACCGGAGUACAGUGUACCCCGUAGCCAGCCUUCAAGAGAUGAUAUUGCAGAAUUCCAACGUGGUUUAGAAGAUGCUCGCAAACACAUUCUUGAAAUAAUUGGUUCUCAGCCCGAGGUCAUCAGUGAAUCGAUUGAUGUGCCAAAAUUGUACCACGAUAAGCUCAAGAGAUUCAUCACAAAGGAGAACAAGGCUUCUCAGAUUCCUGCUCGUGUUACUGCCAAUGGCACGGUCGUCACACUCCAUGGACCUAAACCUACUGUGGAGAAUUUGGCUAUCAAGGUUAGAGACUUCGUUGACAAUGCAAAAGAGGAGGAGAAAGAACGCGGUUACACGCUUUCUUUUGAUUUCCCCCAAAAGCAUGCGAACCAACUCAUUGGUAAGGGGGGUUCAUUCGUUAACGAGUUGCGUGAAAAAUUUGAUGUCGAUAUUCAACUUCAGGAUGGUCAAGUCGAAGUGAAGGGACCCAAGGCCAAGGCAGAUGCUGCCAAAUCUCACAUCUCGUCUCUUGGCAGGCAAUGGGCUGACGAAACCACUUACACUUUGAAGAUUGAUCCCAAGUUCCACCCCGAACUCAUUGGUGCCAAGGGUACCCAAAUCAACAGAUUGCAAGUUCGUUACAAGGUCCAAAUCCACUUCCCUCGCUCGAAUAGACCUACAGAUGAAGAAGCUACAGGAAGCGACGCUGGUCAACAAAACGCUCGACGUCAACAAGCUCCCGAUGAAGUCUCCAUAAAGGGACACAAGAAGGGAGCUGAUGAAGCAAGAGACGAAAUACUUUCCUUGGUUCAAUAUUUUGAAGAUAAUUCCCAUAACGCUACUGUCCUUGUUCAGCAGAGCCAGGUUCCUUCCCUUAUCGGUCAACGCGGAGCUGGGAUGGAAGAACUGAGGCAAUUGACUGGAGCUAAGAUCGAUGUUCCAAACUCUCGUGACAGCGCUGAUGCAUCGGGACGAGUUGAAAUCCACAUCAAGGGCACGGCAUCUCAAGUCGCCAAGGCAAAGAAACUCAUUGAGGAAAAGAAGAGUGUCUUUGAUUCGACAGUAACGGAGACUUUGAAUGUCGAAAAGAAGCACCACAGAGCUUUGAUUGGUGCUGGAGGUUCAAACAUUCAUGCCAUUAUUGUUAAUGCUGGUGGAUCUGGUGACCGUCGGGAGCUCGCUCGAGUUGUGCAAUUCCCCAAGGCCGAGUCUGACGGCAAUGCUAUCAAGAUUGAAGGUGACCGAACCCUCGUUGAUAAUAUUGUUGCUGCCAUUCAAAAGAUUAUUGAGGAGCGGGACAGCCAAACCACAGAAACUUUGGAUGUUCCAACAGAUAAGCACCGUCCUUUGAUCGGCGCUGGUGGAGAGACUAAGAAGGGUAUGGAGAAGAACUUCAAGGUCUCAAUUGAUAUCCCUAGACAGGGCAGUGGUCAAACCGGGAUCACCGUCACCGGUCUUCCUGCUGAUGUUGAGAAAGCAAAGGCUCACAUUCUUGAACUCGUCAAAGGUCAAGAAGGUGAAACUGUCCAAGUUCCUCGUAAGCUUCACAACGAUAUCUCAAACAAUGGUCAAUUCUUCAGAAAAUUGCGAAAUGAUCUUCAAGUCACAGUCGAUCAUGCAGGAGCUAAAAUGCCAGCAAGAGCCACGCCACCUUCCGGUGGCAGUGCUAAGGAUGCUCUGAUCACUGAUGAAAAGGACACAUCUGAUGAAAUUGAGGAAUGGUUUGUCUUCAACAAAUCUGAUUCUGGAGAGACUGGUGACAUUCCUUGGGUAUUGCGUGGCUCCACCGACAAUAUUGCGCAAGCCAAGUCUAUCCUGGCUCAGGCCAUUGAACAAGCAUCGAAGAACAACUUUGUGGGUCACCUUACCCUCGUUGAUCCCAGCUUGUAUGGAUCAAUUGUUGGUAAGAACGGUAGCAAGGUCAACAGCAUUCGAAAGGCCACAGGUUGUAACGUUACUGUUCCUCGUGGACAAGGAACUGAUCCAAUUGAGGUUGUAGGUAGUGAGGAGGGCAUUGAACAAGCCAAGGAGUUGAUUCUUCAAGCUGUUGCUGAGGGAAAGAAUAAGCCUGCUCGUGGAGGCGAUAGGUAUUAA